AUGGACGGGCACACGGACAGACAGACGGACGGACAGACGGACACAAGGACAGAUGGACACGCGUACAGAUGGACGGACUCGCAGACGGACGAACGGACAGACACACGGACGGACAGAUGGACAGACGGACGGACGGACAGACGGACACAUGUACAGAGGAACAGACUCAGAGACAGGCGAACGGAUGGACACGCGGAUGGACAGACGGACAGACAGACGGACAGACGGACUCAAGGACAGACGGACGGACUCGCAGACAGACGAACGGACGGACACAUGGAUGGACAGACGGAUGGAUGGAUGGACAGAUGGACAGAUGGACACAAGGACAGACGGACACGCGUACAGACGGACGGACUCGCAGACGGACGAACGGACAGACACGCGGACGGACAGACGGACGGACAGAUGGACACAAGGACAGACGGACACGUGUACAGAGGAACAGACUCAGAGACAGAUGAACGGAUGGACACGCGGAUGUACAGACGGAUGGACAGACAGACAGACGGACACAAGGACAGACGGACGGACUCGCAGACGGACGAACGGACGGACACGUGGACGGACAUACGGACAGAUGGACACAAGGACAGACGGACAUACGUACAGACAGACGGACGGACUCGCAGACGGACAGACGGAUGGACACGCGGACAGAUGGACACACGGACAGACGGAUGGAUGGACAGACGGACAGACAGACACAAGGACAGACGGACACACGUACAGACGGACGGACUCGCAGACAGACGAACGGACGGACACGUGUACGGACAGACGGACGGACAGACGGACAGACAUACACAAGGACAGAUGGACGGACUCGCAGACAGACGAACGGACGGACACAUGGAUGGACAGACGGACGGACGGACGGACAGACGGACACAAGGACAGAUGGACACACGUACAGACGGACGGAUGGACACGCGGACGUUUGGACGGACACAUGGCCGGCCAGCCAGCCACACUGAUGGACAGACGGAGGGACGGACAGACAGACACAAGGACAGACGCUCAGAUGGAUGGACUCGGAGAUGGACAGACUCGCUGAUGGACAGACGGAUGGACACGCGGACAGAUGAACACAAGGACGUACAGAUGGAUGGACAGAUGGAUGAACAGACACAAGGACAGACGGACAGACUCGGAGACGGACGAACGGACGAACACGCAGACGGACAGACGGACACAAGGACAGACGGACAUACGUACAGACGGACGGACGGACUCGCGGACAGACAGACGGAUGGACAGGUGGACAGAUGGACACACGGACGGACAGAUGGAUGGACGGACAGAUGGACGGACGGACAAGUGGACACAAGGACAGACGGACACGCGUAUAGACGGAUGGACUCGCUGACAGACAGACGGAUGGACACGCGGAGAGAUGGAUGGACACAUGGCCGGCCGGCCGGCCAGACUGACGGACAGACGAUAGAUGGACUCGCAGACGGACGAACGGACGGACACGUGGACGGACAGACGGACAGACAGACGGACAGACAGAUGGACGGGCACACGGACAGACAGACGGACGGACAGACGGACACAAGGACAGAUGGACACGCGUACAGAUGGACGGACUCGCAGACGGACGAACGGACAGACACACGGACGGACAGAUGGACAGACGGACGGACGGACAGACGGACACAUGUACAGAGGAACAGACUCAGAGACAGGCGAACGGAUGGACACGCGGAUGGACAGACGGACAGACAGACGGACAGACGGACUCAAGGACAGACGGACGGACUCGCAGACAGACGAACGGACGGACACAUGGAUGGACAGACGGAUGGAUGGAUGGACAGAUGGACAGAUGGACACAAGGACAGACGGACACGCGUACAGACGGACGGACUCGCAGACGGACGAACGGACAGACACGCGGACGGACAGACGGACGGACAGAUGGACACAAGGACAGACGGACACGUGUACAGAGGAACAGACUCAGAGACAGAUGAACGGAUGGACACGCGGAUGUACAGACGGAUGGACAGACAGACAGACGGACACAAGGACAGACGGACGGACUCGCAGACGGACGAACGGACGGACACGUGGACGGACAUACGGACAGAUGGACACAAGGACAGACGGACAUACGUACAGACAGACGGACGGACUCGCAGACGGACAGACGGAUGGACACGCGGACAGAUGGACACACGGACAGACGGAUGGAUGGACAGACGGACAGACAGACACAAGGACAGACGGACACACGUACAGACGGACGGACUCGCAGACAGACGAACGGACGGACACGUGUACGGACAGACGGACGGACAGACGGACAGACAUACACAAGGACAGAUGGACGGACUCGCAGACAGACGAACGGACGGACACAUGGAUGGACAGACGGACGGACGGACGGACAGACGGACACAAGGACAGAUGGACACACGUACAGACGGACGGAUGGACACGCGGACGUUUGGACGGACACAUGGCCGGCCAGCCAGCCACACUGAUGGACAGACGGAGGGACGGACAGACAGACACAAGGACAGACGCUCAGAUGGAUGGACUCGGAGAUGGACAGACUCGCUGAUGGACAGACGGAUGGACACGCGGACAGAUGAACACAUGGACGUACAGAUGGAUGGACAGAUGGAUGAACAGACACAAGGACAGACGGACAGACUCGGAGACGGACGAACGGACGAACACGCAGACGGACAGACGGACACAAGGACAGACGGACAUACGUACAGACGGACGGACGGACUCGCGGACAGACAGACGGAUGGACAGGUGGACAGAUGGACACACGGACGGACAGAUGGAUGGACGGACAGAUGGACGGACGGACAAGUGGACACAAGGACAGACGGACACGCGUAUAGACGGAUGGACUCGCUGACAGACAGACGGAUGGACACGCGGAGAGAUGGAUGGACACAUGGCCGGCCGGCCGGCCAGACUGACGGACAGACGGUGGGACGGACAGACAGACACAGGGACAGACGGUCAUGUGUACAGAUGGAUGGACUCGGAGACGGACGAAUGGACGGACACGCGGAAGGACAGAUGGAUGGACAUAUGAACAGACAGACACAAGGACAGACGGACACGCAUACAGAUAGAUGGACUCGCAGACGGACGAACGGACAGACACGUGGACGGACAGACGGACAGACAGACAGACAGACGGACGGGCAGACGGACGGACAUGCGAGUGGUCACGUGUACAGAUGGACAGAUGGACACGUGGACGGACGGAUCGACAUGCGGAAAGACAGGUGGAUGGACGGGUGGACACGCAGACGGACAUACACUCGAACAGACGGACAGAUUGACGGAUGGAUGGACACAAGGACCUACAGAUAUGCCAACAGAUGGACACGUGGACGGACGGACAGGUGGACGGACGGACAUGCAGACCAAUGGACGGACAUGAGGACAGAUGGAGGGACACGCGGACCGACUGAUGGACACGAGGACGGACGACUUGAAAGGUGGACAGAUGGGCAGAAGGACGGGCGGACACGCAGACACAAGGACACAAGGGCGGACGGGCCAAUACGCAGAUGGACAGGUGGACGGAAGGGCAGGUAG